GAUUACAAGCAUGCAUCUGUAUGGAUUUAUGAGAUUCACAAAAUUUUGACUGUAGCAAAAGAUAUGACAUAAAGAAAGCCGAGCCACUGCACAUGGGGAAAUAGAAGAUGAUCCUAUAUGUUUGGCUAGCCUGAGUGACACGAUAAGUUCCCGAGAGCCCUGUGUCAAAACAGAGUAAGGUUGCAAAGAAAUGCAAGACAAACAGCAUGAAAAUCUGCUAGAGAGCACUAGAGUUCCAACAACAAAGGAAACAACUGACUCACUAUUUGCUUCAUCAGUACAGAAAUCUGUACAAUGCAAAUGGAACGCUACUGUUGCUUUCGAAAUGCUAUUGGAUCUUAUAAAGAUUUUUGGACCUGUUAUUCAUUCAACAUUGUCAGCUAGCUCACUCUUUGGAGUAGAACUUCAAGCCGAACAGAGGUCUAAAAUUAUUUCUUUGAUGCGAGGUGCCAUGCUGUGGAUAACAUGGAGAUUAUCAAGGCGGAGCGGCGGUGAGUAUGGAGCUCAUAAUCAUCAGUUCAUCACCAUGAAGCGGAAGAAAUGGUAUAGCUUUGCCAUGCUGGACUUUGGCAGCCGCCGCUCCUCGGCAAUCAACGGGAGGUACAGCCGCUGCCACCACUCCUUCGCAGCGACACAGGCCAGCGACAAGGAGGCUCGCAAUGGUGGGGGACGCAUGACCAUCUGCCGGAGAGGAGAAAGACAUACCUACCCCUUAAUGAUUGAAAUGUAG